AUGGCCCCACCCAUCCCGGGCCCACCCCCUGCCGACAUCUUUCCACAACUUCCAGGCUACACAGCGAUUGUCUCAACCGAACCAGUCCUCAUCGAACCAACGCUCCCAACCGCUGAACCCAGUGCCAACGGCACAAAGACGAAGAUACCACCGUUGCCACGGCUCACAGAACAGCAAGCGCGUGUGGCAUUGCUGGAGGAAUACACUCUGGAGACUUUUACUGAAACCCGCCACGUAUCCUGGAAGGUUGAGCCUUACUACGGCCAAGCUCUGUCCAGCAUGAGUGGAGGCUCACCACCUCAACCGUGGGAUAUGCACGUGGCACCCCCCAUGGAUUUUCAAAACACCAAAACCGCAAUUGAAAUUCCUUAUUCGGGCACGCUCAAGCCCUGCUAUUACUGCAAUAGCUUUGGGCAGGUCCGCUGCUACCAAUGCCAAGGACGUGGCAAGUUGCGCUGUUCCCAGUGUCGAGGCCAAGGCUUCAGCAUGAAGAAAGACAAGACUGGUACACAUUUUCGCGAAACAUGCACUCGAUGCUUUGGGAGUGGUCGCCGUCGUUGCACAGUAUGCUUUGGCCAUGGCCAAAUCGGCUGUGCUGUUUGUGCUGCUCGCGGCGAACUGAAGCUCAGCCUUUUGCUGUCCAUAACCUGGAGCAAUCAUCGCGGCGAACACGUUGUGGAGCCGAUGAACGGUCCAAAGGGCGACAUUGCCGCCUGCCAGGGCAGUCUCUUGUUCACUGAUUCAGCCAAUCUGCUGGCACCUAUCGGCAACUUUCCGGAGGAUCAGGUCAAUACGGGCUCGCAUGGGCUCGUUUCACGUCAUAGCAAGCAAUGGCCACAGGAGCGGAUAUUGCGCCAACGGCACAGCUUAGAGUUGAUCCCAGUGCAUGAAGUCAACUAUACAUAUCGCGAUGAGAUGAAGCGAUUCUGGGUGUACGGGUUGGAUCAUCGGCUGCAGUGUCAUGUGAACCAAAAGCACGUUUUGUGCGGCACGCGCGUGCAUUGUGCCUAUGGCCCGAGCACCGGCAAUGGCCAAGGCAUGAGCACUGUCCUGGCGCGAUGCGCUUCUUACGUUUGUCUGUGA